AUCGGAACAAAUGUUUAAUGUGACCUGUCACAUUAACACUGUGUUCCUGUCAUCAGUCAGCUGCCUGCGAUUAAACCCAGAAACGGCCUUUGAAAGCACAGCAGCCGUCUGAGUCUGAAUGUAGAUCGUUGUCAUCCGCAGAAACAGCAGUUUGUCAGCGGAGUGCUUCACAGCUUAGGCUCGUCACGGCUUCCUGUGCGGUGUGCAGCUUGUCGGCUACAGAGAGAGGACUGCACACCGACACACUCUUCUGACUUUAAAAUCAAGGAGCGGAUCCGUGAAUCCAAAAAUGUCAAACCCAGUGGUCACCCAUCAACCAGGUGCAGGCAGCUAUGGGACAAAUGUCCAAACAGGAGAGUGGAGCACGGGCCUGUGCUCCUGCUUCAGUGACUUGUUUGUCUGCGCCCUGGGAUGCAUCUGUCCAGUUGCACUGACCUGCUACACAGCUAACAAGUAUGGAGAAAACUGCUGCUUGGCUUGUUUGCCAGGAGGCAUGGCGGCCUUGAGGACUCAUAUGAGACUGACCUAUGGCAUUCAAGGAACAAUAACCAACGACGCCUUGAUGACCUUUUGCUGCGGACUGUGCGAGGUGUGCCGGAUGGCGCGGGAAAUCCACAUCAGGAAUGGAGAAAUGUAAUCACGAGAAGACAUGAAGCAUUCUGGGCCAUACAGUAUUUUCAGUUUGGUGAGGAUGUUCAGCUAUCAUUUCUUUAUUCUUUCUUGUAGCGGGCUUAGCGUUCAUGCACACUGCAAAUGUGGGGGAGGGCUCAUGAACAAUGAAUUCUUAUGUAUCCGUCUAAUGGAAAUGAAAAAGUGAUAUUACUGAUCUGCAUUACUGUAAAUAAACUUUUUUUUAUCACUCACAACUCAUAACUGCAUUUAAGCACGGACCAUUGUGUACAACAUUUCCAAUAAAAACAGGUUUUCUGAUUCAUUUGGGUGAAUGUAAACCAUUUCUUAAACCUGUUGUUUCCAACGUUUGUGGCUUGACACUCAUUACAUGAGAAACUUACACGUAACAGUUUUUUCCGGUACGUCACAACAUCUGUGAAAUGAGAAAGAAAUGCUUCGCUUUUGGUGCCUUAAAACAAAGGAACUUUUGCAUUAAGCAAACCAAGCUACCAAGGCAGGUAACACGCUCUUCCGUGCCAAGUUUACACUUACUAAUCCUCAAACGUUAACACAUUAUACUUGGAAAAAAAAUGUAUCUACUGUCUUCAUGCACCUUCCCCCAAGACAAUUUCCAUGUAUGUACAACAUACAAUGGCAAUAAACGUUUCCUGAUUCC